UAUAAUAGUCAUUUAAAUCUUAUAGCUACUGCUGGAGUUAAUAAUCAUGUGUGCUUGUGGAACCCAUAUGUAGUCUCUAAACCUAACGGUGUAUUAAGAGGUCAUAUGGCUGGUGUUAUUCAAGUACAGUUUAUUAAGAAUCGUGGUCAGUUGAUCAGCUUUUCUAAAGAUAAAGUUUUACGUUUAUGGGAUGUACAAUUACAAGUCUGUAUCCAGAGAUUAGCAGGCAUGUUUCCAAAAGGACCAGAAGUUUAUACAACUCUAUUUUUUGAUGAUAGUAGAGAUAGAAAUGGUAACGAAAGGAAUCGUUUAUUUACAACAUUUAACUAUCAAAUUACCAUGAUGGAGAUGAAGUUAGAGAUCAAAAAUCGUGUAGUUAGUCACGAUAAACCGGUCAUAUCAGCUAUAUAUAAUACAGUAUUUAAUCAGGUAGUCAGUGUCUGUCAAUCAGGAACCAUAAUCAUGUGGAUGAUUGAUACAGGUCAAAAGGUCAAACAGUUUAACAAAGUUCAUGGUAAUUCAGAAGUAACAUGUAUUGCUCAAGAUCCUACUGAAACUCGUAUUUAUACUGGUAGUACAGAUGGCACUGUGAAGGUUUGGGAUUUUAAUGGUCAUUGUUAUCAUGUAUUAGAAUGUGCUGGAGGUCAACCUGCUGACCUAGGUCAAAUAUUAAUAUUAAAGAGAUCAGUUAUUGUUAUUGGUUGGACAAGGUUUAUAACAGUGUUUCGAAAUACAAGUUUUAAAGAUUAUCAUGUACAGCCAUCUGAUUGGAAGGGUGGACAGGCUCACACAGAAGAUAUAUUAAAUGUUACUUUUAUGGGUCCUCACACACUUGCUACUGGAUCAUAUGAUGGAGAAAUUGUCAUCUGGAACACUAACUCAGAGCUAGCUACAAGACAUAUGAGUCAAAGAUCUAAAAGAGAAGUAAUCAAAUCAAGAAGUAAAUCAUUCAUAACAAAUAAAGAGCCAUCAACAUUAAGUGUGGUUGGUGAAGAAACAGAAGGUGUAAGACCUACUACAGGACAUAGUAAAUCUCGAGCUUUAUCUAGAGUUAGUGAAGGUAGUAAUGAUGAACAGAAUGAGUUUGGCUGGGCCAUUUGUAAGUUAUUAUUCCUUGCAUCAAGGAAAGCUAACUCUGCCAGUCGUGGGGCCAAUCUAGUGUCUUGUGGUGGCAAUGGCUGGGUAAGAUUCUGGAAUGCUAAUCAUGGUACACUGUUAGCUGAGUUUGUGGCACAUAAGCAUGCUGGUAGCAUUAAAAUGGCUACUGAUAAGAAUAAUCAGUAUUUAGCAACUGGUGAUGUAGAUGGUAAUAUUAAAGUAUGGGAGAUCAUUGAAUAUUGUUUACAUGAAUCAGAGGAACUCCUUAAAACACCACCUAAAUUAGUAUCAGAAUUUCAACCACAUAUAGAUAUGAUCAACACACUGGAGAUCUGUGAGAGAAAUGAACGCCUGCUAGUUAUAUCAGCUUCCUGUGAUUGUAGUGUUGCAGUUUGGGAUGUAUAUGGAAAUAAAAUUGGAAUAUUUGGACAGGAAGAACAUUGGAAAGUUGAACCAUAUUCACCAGAAGAACUAGAAGAAAGAAUAGACACACCAAAAGAAGAUGAAAAUAAAGAAGUGAUAAUGGAUGUAGAAAGAAACAGUGAUUGGUCACCUGAUGAACAAGCUAUAGAUAAUCCACAAGAAUACAGAAUUAACUCAUGGAGUAAAACUUUCCUAGGUAAAGAUUAUCAAGAAUUAAGAGUGUGUAAAAGAGAAAGACGUCAGCCUAGUACUAUACCCAAUCUACCCUAUUUACACUGGGAGAAAACUGGACAACCACCAGCAGGUCCUUAUUCUGCUCUGCGAACAUCGGAACUAAAAUCGGUUGAUACACUAAUCAAACCUGAUGCAGAGAAAUAUUUUGUUGAACGUUCCCAAAGUACCGAGUAUCUUCCACGUCUCCCAGCAUUAUCUGAGUCACUGAACACUGCCUUUGAUGAGAAAUCGUUGUUCCCGAAAUAUAUUUUGGAUUAUGAAGCAAAGAUGAAAAAAGAUCAUAAUGCUGCUUUAAGUCAGUCGUUGCAGAAGACUAAAACUCUCCGCACCAGUUUUCAAAAUAUUCUUCAGAUGUCUCAAGGAGGAACCUCUUCACCGAGACGAAAAGCUGUUCCAAAACUAAAACCUUUAAGUAUGCUCAGAAAGUUAUCAGCUAUGCAAACAGAUUGAUUUACUUGGUUUUAACCAAGUAAAAAUUACUAAUGGGUGGUGGAAACCUAGUCUCUGUUACCCGGAACCAUAUUGUCUUCGACCUCUCUGUCGACUAAUAUCAAAUCAGUGUGUUUGAGACUAAUGCAAACUAUACUAGGCCUACAUUUUUGUCCCUCAGGGGACUAUUAAAAUAGGUCUAUCCGCCUGUCCGUCCGUCUGUCUGUCCGCCACUUUUUGGGACACAAUAAAUCUCCUUCUAAUUGAGCUGUUCCAAAACUAAAACCUUUAAGUAUGCUCAGAAAGUUAUCAGCUAUGCAAACAGAUUGAUUUAUUUGGUUUUAACCAAGUAAAAAUUACUAAUGGGUGGUGGAAACCUAGUCUCUGUUACCCGGAACCAUAUUGUCUUCGACCUCUCUGUCGACUAAUAUCAAAUCAGUGUGUUUGAGACUAAUGCAAACUAUACUAGGCCUACAUUUUUGUCCCUCAGGGGACUAUUAAAAUAGGUCUAUCCGCCUGUCCGUCCGUCUGUCUGUCCGCCACUUUUUGGGACACAAUAAAUCUCCUAAUUGAGCUAGAAUGUUCAAACUUUAUGUUGGUGUUUAUUAGGUGAAUGCCUUGGUGGAGUUUGAAGAUGAGCAUUUUCUGCUUAGGCUAAACAGAGAUAAGCAAUUUGAUUGGUUGAUGCUUUGGGACACGAUAAUUAAGUGAGUGAUGAAACUUGGGGUAUAGUUUCAUUGCAUCAAUACCUUGGCUAAGUUCGAUGAUUGAGCAUUUUCUGCUUAGGCUAAGUAUGUAGAUACUUCAAUCUGAUUGGUCGAGACUUUGGAAGAUAAUAACUCUUCUUCUAAUUUAGGUAGAAUGUUGAUUGCUCGAUACUUUACAAAACGAUAAAUGUGCAAUUGAUUAGGAUGUGUCAUCUAAUUAUUUUUGGAUUUCGCGGGGGACAUCAGCCUCACUUUUGGCGUGUUUAUCUCUCAGUUUAGGUCGGGACUGUAUUCCUCGCUAAUUCGGGGAACAAAAGGCGCUUAAAUGAGAUAUUACAAAGCAGAAGGGUGUAACAGAUUCUGUUGUGUUAUGAUCACAUAUUGUUAUAUAGUCUCUAACUAGCCUCGUUGAACCAGUAGGCCAGUAAAUUUAACAAACAGUAGUGCUGGAAAGUGUUUUAGACGAUUGAAAAAACAAAAACUAGUUUAGACGUCAUCUUGAUCUAUAUAAGGAGUCAAGGUAUUCCAGACAAUUAAAUAAAGAAAAUCUAGGUUAGAUAUCAUCGUGAUGUCGGUGUUCAUGGAUGAAACUUGCCAUGAAAUCGACCGUCAAGCUUGUUAUAUAGCCAACAUCUAACAAUAAAUAAGAUUGCUGAACAAAUUAUCAUUUUUAAAUGAAAUGAAAUGGGGUUUAACGUCCUAAUGUUCAGCUCCGAACUGGGCUAUAAUAAAAACGGGCAUACGCCAUACAGUGUGCUAUGAGGGAGAUUUUGCCCGGACAGCGGCACUACGGCCUACUCUUGUAUCGAAUUCCAACUUUCAAGGGUUAUUUUACGUGCAUGCCAAUGUGUACACGGCCCCUCGGUUUUUCGUACCAUCUGAACGACUAGACAGCUGUCCUUGUCUGGCCCUUCUUCCUGCAUCCCUGACAAGGGGGAACCACGCCAGAAAAUCUGGAUAAACUUUCUCCACCAUUGCAGGGAUCGAACACCCGACCUCCAGGUCAUUUUUAAAAUAAUCUGAAUGAACCGGAUAGAUAUCAAUCGAAUUCAGGCAAAUAAGUGGCGAAAGAGUUAUUGGGAUUAUCGACUAUCUACAGUUUAACACCGGUUUUAUGUUUGUUUAAUCUAUGCUACAGCUGUGAUAUUUACUGGAUCAUGUUUGAUAUUUAAAAUUACCUGCGAUCAAUUGUGUUACUCCUACGGUAUACAGUUUGUACAUUAUUAUAUGUUGAAUAUAUCAGUAUUAUAAUCCUUUUGAGAAUUUCCGUAAUAAUAUAUUAUAUUGUUUAUUUAUGCA